UCCUCAUCUGCGCUCCGUACAGCAUCAGCACCAGGCGCUGCGUGAGAAAGCAACCCAGUCGCAUCCCCGCCGAGCGCAACGCCGCGUGCGGUUCAUUCAAUCUGGACCGUCAGAUGGUCGGGCUGGCCGGAGCGCAAGAUGUGCUGUUUCUUUGUCCCCCUCUGUAACCCGGACUGUGCAAGUUAACGCUGGAAGGGACCAUUAGUAGUUCAGAGACCCGUGAACCACCGAUGCCCAUCGCCCGAGAAGACACAUUUCAGCUUCACUGACUUGGAUUAUUGUCCUCGUAUCACCAUUCAGGCGGAUUUAGCAACGGAGAAGUAAACGACAGCGCGCGGAAGAAGUGCGCCGCGCCGUAAAGCGAGAGCGAAAAAACAUUGUUUGUAACGUGUUAAUUCAGAUUGUUUAUUUUGAGGGAGGAGCGAGCAUAAACAACACUGAGUCGCUUUGUUUCCCAGACACGGACCCCGCGGAAGAUCAAAUCGACAUGUCUUGCGUUGCUGGAUUUGGAGAUACACAAAAGCGCGUACCGUUAUUUUUUUAGUCCAUUCGCACGCUGCUUUCUUCUAACUCUGUAACUUAAAAAAGUGUUUUCAUAUCUUGGUUUUAUCUGCUCGACUUGGCAUCGUGAAUGGUACUUUCCUGACAAACGCAUUGCACUCGGAUGUUGGUUUAUUUCGCGUUUGGUGCGCUUUUACGCGAAGGGCGUAUUUGAAUCGCGUCUGUCUCUUCUGGAGUGAAGAAAGACCCUUUUAAACCAUCGUGCCCUUAUUGCCCGGGUAUCUGGGCAUCGUUUUUGUGGAGUUACAGCGACCCACGUGGAACCACGGACACUAAGGAGGGCAAGAUGGGCUGUUGCAGUGGUAGAUGUACGCUGGCCUUUAUAUGUGGCAUGCAGUUGAUCAGCAUCUUGUUACGACAAAUAUUUGAUUUCCUCGGAUACCAGUGGGCUCCAAUACUGACAAACUUCAUCCACAUCAUCACGGUGAUUCUCGGCCUCUUUGGGACUGUACAGUUCAGGCCACGAUAUGUGACCGGGUAUGCCGUGUGGUUGGUGCUGUGGAUGGCCUGGAACGUCUUUAUCAUCUGCUUCUAUCUGGAAGUGGGUGACCUUUUAAAGGACACAGACCUGAUUAUGACCUUUAACAUCUCCAUGCAUCGCUCCUGGUGGAUGGAGAACGGCCCAGGGUGCAGGGUGACCCCUGUGACCCCUCCUCCUUCUUGGGCACCGGAGGACCAUCGCUACAUCAGCAUCGCCGGCUGUCUGCUAGAGUACCAGUAUAUUGAGGUGGUUCAGAGCUCCUUACAGAUUAUCCUGGCUCUGGCUGGGUUCAUCUAUGCCUGUUACGUUGUGAAGCUCAUUUCAGAAGAGGAAGACAGCUUUGACUUUAUAGGAGGGUUCGAUUCAUACGGUUACCAAGGGCCACAGAAGACAUCGCAUUUGCAACUACAACCAAUGUACAUGUCAAAAUAAAAGGACGACUGCCUUAUCAACCCAUCAAACCGAAGAACUGAAGUUCGAACACUCUGUCUCUCUACGUAAAUGUCUUAACAUGAUAGUGUCUUACGAACUGUCGGAGGAACACUGAACCGACGUUUGACCUCAAAAACUAAAGCAACAAAGUGGAUUUUCUUUGUCUAUGCCCAGCCCUUCGUCUGUCUCAGCACCAGAGCCAGGAGGUGCGAGAGUGCCCCCCUGUGGCAAUGUCUUCUCAGCAGACUUAUUGCGACCGUGAACAAUGCAAAGUGGUGCUGAGCACAGGAGCAGAUUGUGUUGAUGUCUGUGUAUUGUGCCAGACAUCAAAGCACUGCGGAAAGCUUGGAAUCGUGCAAUGGACCCGGGUGGAUUCAAGCGAUAAGGAAACCAUCCGUACUCAAAGAAUGUUCAUUACACAGUUAUGAUAUUAGUUAUCUGAUGUACUUCUGCCAUCUUCAAAUGGUGACUGGAGUGAAUUGUUGUGGUUGUUUACAAAGGGUUAUUCCAGCAGCGGGAUGACCAUCACAUUUGGUUUUCUCCUUAAGAUAAUUAACUGCAACUCAAUUCGUUUUAAUUCUUCUGGAUCUAUGUGCGUUGAAAGUGCCAAGACGAGUUACAUAAAACGAGUAGCUGCUAAGAGAUUCUUAUUUUUUUGACAGUCAGAAAAAUAGCUAUGAUUUUAUCAGAUCAACGUCGACAUGGGAUCGCCCGUACGUGUUUGCAUGAGGUGUCAAAAAUCUGUUGCGUAUUUAAUAUCUUUCAGCUAGAAAUAGACCGACCUUGGAAGGCUUGACAGUUGCGACUGUCCUCGCUCCAUAAGGUUGUUUGUGAAUAUCGUGUUUUUAAGAUGGUGUUGAGUCCUGUUAACAAGAUAACGCAUAGAAUACAGUUGUAACUUCUUUCUAUUUUAAGCCUUUUUUUAACGUGUGCCACUGUUCACUAUUUUCUAGUAGACUAAUAAUUUAUUAAGCCGUGUAGGGGGGCUUUUUUGACAUAUGUGUACAUAUUGAGGGGGAAAGUCUUUGGAGGGGGUAGGGAUAGAGAUGCAUUAUUUCUAGUGAUGUGAGAAAGUUUGAUUUACUUUGGGUUGAGAUUUAGUUUUGUGUCGUGCAGAAGGUGAAAGUAUCUCACACAAAUUGAUGCCCAGCUUUCAGGCGAGAGUUUUAUGUUCACCCGUACAAACUGUUACUAAAUAUAUGAAAGCUCUUCAGGAAUUUCCACUCUCUGAUUUAGCUGUACUUUAUGGCUUCAUUUGUAACCUGCCUCCUAUAUGGAUAUCAUAAAGUUUCUUUGGUUACACUUUACAAUAAGGUGCUGUUUGUUGACAAUUAGUUAAUGCAUUAGCUAAAAUAAACUAACAAUGAACAAUACUAAUACAGUAUACAGGGUUUGCACAUACAUCACGGUUUGGUCAGUUAUCUGGAUGCGUGGCAAUAUUGGAGAUACUCGAAACUAAACAACAGCAUGGAUUGCAUGGUAAAUGUACAACAUAAGACGUUUUUCUACUAAUUUAUGAUGUCUAAACCAUUGAAAAAACACGUGGAAGCUAAAUAAUAUAGAGAAAGACUUGGUUAGCAGGAAAGGAAGGAAUAUUUUGACAAACUAAAGCUAACAGGUGGUUAGUAGGUGGUAAGUACUCCCGAUGUUUCUCCCGGUACAACAAACUAGUACAGCCCAAAACACGACAAUAAUUUCAGAAGUAAUACAUUUUCGAAACUUCAAGCUCCAUUCGGGAUUCAGUGGCACCCUUUAUAGGUUAUCAAAAUCAUGCAGCAGGUUGUUAACGCAGAAAUAAGUGCCGACACUUUGAUCACAAUGAAGGGUCUUAAUUAUUUUGUGAUAACAGUCGGCUGCGUGAACAUUAUCCUGCUUAUUACAAGGCAACUUGGCACAUGAGAAAAAACUGCACAUGAAAUGUGAAUUUGAUAUAUUUUAUUAGCAAUUUUUUACCCAAUGCAGACCUUUCAGGACGUUUACCUCCAUCAGUUCGAUUUUUGAAGGCAGCAAAGAUGUAUCCUUUGCUGGGUUCAAUGUCCCACAAUUCAAUGCGUGUGCUCAUGCGCAGAAUGUGAUUGGUCGAGCAGGGUCGAUUUCGAAAAAAUUUAAUUGCCGGCAAAUAAAUUGGCUAGAGCACAGUUUUUGUGUAAAAAAGUUAUAUUUUCUCUUUUCACAACGUUUAAAUGCAUUUCAAGCGAUUGAUAAGUAUUUUAGUUUUAAAUUAUUUGUUUAGUUAUAUUUUAUAUUUCAAACAGAAUUCCGUUACGCUGUCUCUGGAGGCUGUCCGAAUGUGUUUCUCAGAGCUGACUUCGUGCCUAAUCGCUGCCUCUGAAGGCAUUGCCUCAUGUGACAGCUUUCGGACGCAGCUUUAUUCAUACUACUCAUACUACAUAAGUACAUACUACUCCCACUCGUAGAACGUACUCUUCUUAUGGCUGAUAGUUAGGUACUUAUUCAAAUUCCGUUUUCGGAUGCAGCCUGUGUGUUAUUCAUUUUGAGAGGUUGUUAUCUGGGAAUAACGAACCUAGAAAUGUCGCGACUGGCCAAUGAGAACUGAGCAUUCCAAUGAGCUGUGUAAUAACAUUGGUUAAUGCACCAUAAAUUAACAUGAAUAACGGUUUUAACUAAUACUAACAAGGAUUAAUAAAAAUUGACUUACUAAAUUGUUCAUUGUUAGCUAAUGCAUAUACUAAUGUUAACUUUAGCAACUUAUUGUAACGUGUUACGUUUCUUCUUAUAACGCACUUUCAAUGGUCGAUUUCAAAUAUCGUAGCCCACGGAUGAAGCGUGAAAUGUCUUUAUUUUGGUCAAACUGCCUGAAAUGAUCAAAUAUGUAUUUCUGAAUUGUAUUUUAACUUCUCUCUUAAUCUCACAGUAAAAGAAACUGUGGGGUCGAAAUAUAUUUGCGAAUUGGAAUUCCCAGAGAGAAAGUGCCUGAAACAACAUCCUGUUAACAUUCCAGUAAAUGGCAAUCUGCUCUCAUUCAGAAUGGUUGUAUAUAAACAAGGGUCUAACCGGGCUGUGUUUAAAUCAAUCCCCGUGUGAGUUACACUGGCAAGGCUAAGUGGCUUUGAUAAUUAAUAAAGAUAUUUUAGCCGUAUCACUCUCCAGACCUGGCUGGCAAAUAAUUCCCUGUAGUGCUUUACAACAUUAUUUGUGAUUCUGAUUCAAUACGGAGUGAUUUGUUUGGGUAAUGGAACUAAACGAGAAUAAUAAAACAAUGAAAGAAAAUCUAUAUGGGUGAAUCUCACGAAACCUGUCGAGAACAUGAUCAUGUUAUAUCCAAAAAUUAAAGAAAAUUAAAUAUUGAGAAAUUAUAUUUUGUCUGAAUUUGCAAUGUUACAUUAUCCAUCAAAUAAUAACAAAAAAAAAUCAUUAAUGAGUGUCAUUGGAAUCAUAAACCUCAUCAACUACAAAAUGAAUUACAGUAAUGAGAAACUGGGGGAAAUGUGGUGCCAUGAAUAUAAUGUUAUGCAAAAUAAUGGUCCUUAUGUUUCAUUUGCUAAAUUUCUUUAUAUGCAAAAUAGAUUUUCUUCUAUUGUCUUCUUUUGAUUUGUGACCUGGACAUGUUUUUAUGAGGUUUACCCAUGGGUCAAUAACGUAUGAUGACCACUUAGCAUGUGGUGCGACCAAUAAAAUCAAUAACUGUAUUAAAUAAAAAUAUAAAAAAUAUAGAUUUUUUUGUGGCUGAGAUAUGAAUCUCUGAAACAGUAUGCUUAAGUGCGAUUUUUAAAACCUUUUUAUCAGUAUACGAUUUUCAGGAAAAUAUGGUUGGUAAUUUAUUUUAUUUAAAACGACAAAAUUAUAGAACAAAAAUAUGAGAUUAUUACUUACCAAACCUCAAAGAAAUGCAAAUCUAAACACUUUAAAUACUAAAGAUUUGUCAAAUAAACGGUUAAGCAUGUAAAGGAAAUGAAUUUAUUUUAAGACAAAUCACAGUCGCACCACAUGACAUUUUUUAAGGCUAUGGUCAAUAGAUGAAAAACACUAAAAUCACUUAAUUUAAUAUUUUAAACAGCAUUUAUUAAUACACUACAGACUUAGUGUAGUGUUUAAAUAACUGCAAUAUAUAUUAUUUGUUUGUAUUUUAAAAUGUGCAUGUCGAAAAUCCUUAUACUUCAUUGACCCCUAUAUCAUUGUAAAAAUUCUUUAUUUUGUUUGAAAACGCAGAACUCCUCAGAGAUGAGCAGAUUGCAGAAGGAGUGUUACAUUAGCCUGACUGCUGUACAAAUGACUUUAAAGACAUGUGUAAAUACAUCCUGAUUUAAACAUGGUGCUUAAUUAGACUUUAACAUAUUGAAUAAACUAAGCAAAACUGAAGCAAAAAAUGUUCUGGUUCUUAAUAUAUUCGCAAGACACAGUCUAAGCUUAUGUGAGAUUUACUCUGCAUUAAUACAUGUAAAACAGGCCCUGAAAGUCACACAGAUUGUAAGCCGUGGAAAAUGUCAAAUGUGACUAUCAUAAUUAUUGAGCUGACAAAAGCCAGGAUGAUGAUAAAUAUACUCAAAGUUCAGGAAGUCUUGCAUGAUGAUUCGGCCUGGGAGUAUGUGAUGUCACCGACAAUGCUCUAACCAAACCUGUAAAUAAAAAUGGAUUUACUAACCAGUUUAAAUUCUUGUGUUCAGUGUCGUCCUAACAGAGUCAUUCAUUUGAUUUCAUCUCAAGAUUUCAUUUGAUGACAUGUUGUGAGAGCACAUAUUCAUAAUUAAAGAGAUCACUUUGACAACCCGACUGAAAUAAAAUGCCAUAAAACAGCUUUCAGAGGUUGAAUUCCUGAGAUAGUUCACCCCAACAUUUUGUCAACAUUUUACUCACCUUCGUGUCAUUUAAACCUGUAUACGAUUCUUUCUUCUGUGGAACACAAAAGAAGAUAUUUUGAAAAAUGUCAAAGUGGUUUUGUGUCCAUACAAUGGAAGUCAAUAUAUCAAAAUAUCUUAUUGUGUUUUCUGCAGAAGAAAAAAACUCAUAUAGGUUUGGAAUGAUAGUAAGACUUUUCAUUUUUGGGUCGAGGAAUUGCUUUUAAAGUUUUCUGUUUCUGUAGAUUGACAGUAAUAAAACCAGACAGGUUAAAUGACUAUUUGUUCUGGUAAAAAAAACUUCACAUCUUUGGCAAUUUCCUGCUUUAUUAUGUCAUUUCCAAGUAUAAUAGUGUGUCAUAAUGCUUAGCAACAGACAUCGUCAAUGAAGAUUGUCUUUCAUGAGAAACUGCUGUCAGAUUUAUUCCCCAAGGACUGAAUUUUUUCAUACCGCUCCAGUGAUGUGGUUCCAGCAUCACAUGUUCUGCCUUUAUUCUUUCAUGCUGGAGGCUUGACAGGCAGUGUGUGUUUCUUUUACAGUGGUGUCCUGUCUACAGUUCACUGGUGGAAAACUAGUCAUUAAAGCUUGGUUAUACAGUUACCCGAGCUAUGGGAAAACCAUGGUAAAAUGGCAUUUAAUUAUACUUUCAAUAUUGACUCUGGUAAAGCAUGUUUACAUGUUUGAAACUAAAUUCAACAAAAACAGGUGAAUGUAAAAUAUGCUACUAUUAAGGUGGACAGCAAGAUGAAAAGUGUGUUUUGGAGACUUACAUUUAU